GGCCCAGUCUAGGCCCUUGUCAGUUUCAUUGCAUUUCAGUGGCGAGUUGUAACGGUAAAAUUAUAAAAAAUGUUUGAACUGAAACUUAAAUUUUUCGCGUUGAUUAUAACAGCAUUUAGUGUGGCAAAAGCUUGCCAUUUAAAUGUGGACCAUCCGAUCCCGUUAUUUUCGAAAAAUUUCGGUUCGAAAAAUUUGACAUUCAGAGCUAAGCCAAGUGGAGUAGAACUCAGUGAGAACGAAAGUAUCGAGGUUUAUUGCAUGAGCGGGAUUAUGUAUAAGCGUUACAAUGGCUACAUUGGCAACAAUGGUGCGGUCAUACAGAAAAAGGCUUUGCUGCAAUGUGAAAAUGGCUAUAUCUACGUCAACAGGGGACAAUAUGGAAAUAUGAAUGGUGACGAAUUAACUGUUUAUUGCUCGUCGUCAUUUAGUUCAAACCUUUAUGAGAGUAAAAGUACAUUGGCGAACUGUGAUAAUUUCAUGAGCUAUGCAAUUGGCGAACAUAUACCGUUAGUUGGUACUGCUAUUAAGGCGGGGAUAUGUUAUGAUCUGGAGCGCUUUGAACUGAAAUAUGCCAACUAUAUAGCUUAUCAACGAAAUGAUUUCUGGAUUUCAAGCGAGCCAAAUCUUUCGCACGAGCUCGGUGUUGAUCUUGGAAUUCAAAUUGGUAAUCUUAAGAAUUAUUUCGAUUUUAUGAGCCAAUUAGGUUUCAAUGUGUCAAGGGAUAUGAUGCGCAGUGAUUCAAAUCAAUUUUUUAAUGCAUUCGAAUUCGACUACGAUAGCAUUCUGCAAGAUGACUAUUUUCACAAUCAACUCGGUGAUUUCGCCUAUAUCUUCAAUACGAUGUGGUGGCGUCAACUACGUCAAAAUAAUUGGCGUUACUUCCUCGGAGCACUCAAGGAGCGCACAUAUUCUGAGAAGUAUAUAAUUUUUGUAGGAACUCAUGGUAAUGCCACAAUGCCACAAAAGGAGAACACAGAUGGCAAGCCGGAAGAGCUGACGGUGCGAUCACCUAACUUGGCUGUAACGGCUCCUAAAUAUAUAUGGGCCUAUGUGAAGCCGGUUAUACCGAAUAAUGAAGAGGAAUUUGUUGUAAUCGCUACCAAUUCGCCCUAUAUAGAAACACCAGAUCACAAGGAGUUCUGUAAACAGGAUAUUUGUGACGACAUUGCCUGGUUGAAGAAGAGUAGAUUUGGCCAGCUUCGCCGUAUCCCAACAUUCGGUUACACAUUCUGUUGUCCGGUGGAGGAAGUAGCGAAGAUCAUCGAACAUUUUCCUGUCUCUACCGAGGGCUUGGAGGCAAUAACCGCCGCUGUCCCCUUGCUCCCAUCACCAGCUUGAUCAACUACAAUUAUUAUGAAUUUUAAAUCAGUUUUCUUCUAUUAACUAUUUGUAUUCGUUGCGGUUAAAGAAAUAUACUCUUCAAUACUAAAUACAAACUGAAA